AGAAGUGUGUGUGUGGUGUCGAAUUGACGCAGAAUGGAAAUGAUCACUUACUAGCACGUUUAUAUCAACAAACUCCAUCAGAAUAAAGGUGAAUAAACAGUUACCUCGACCCACAUGGAUCCUCUGGAUUUUUUAACAGAUGAACAGCUGAGUGGCUUUUUUCACUAUAAGAAGACAGAGAUUUCUUGUAUGGAGGAACCACAAACCUUCCUCAACCAGCUCCGGGACCACAAUCUGGUACAAGAAGAUCUCUACCAGAAGGUGAUGAGGAUGAAGAGUAAGGAGAGAAGGCAGGAGGGUGUUUAUCAAAUUCUAGACCAGCUGGAAAAGAAGCGAAAGCAUUGCAUUAAGGUAUUUUGGAGCUGUGUGUUUCAGGAUCACAUCCUUCAAAAAUAUCCAGUGCUGCGCCUGCUUCGGAACAGUCUUAUGGAUGGCUCCUUUCGGUUCUACGAGCAGCUUCCUGAUGCACCGGAGGAACCAAACAAGAAUGAGAAAGAAUCAGUCCAGAAAGAAGAAAAGACAGGAAAGGAAAUGAAAACAGAACUAAAAAGAAAGAAAAGCACUGAGAAGACAAAGGAGGAAGAACCAGGUCCUUCAUCUUGCUCCACACCUCAACAGAAGAAAACAGAAAAGAAACCAAAAUUUUCAUCCCCAUUAAAGAAAGGAGAGAAGCCGGAUGUUUGGACUUGGGGACUUUUCAAAACUCAGCUCUUAGUCACAUGUGGAAAUAAGAAAGGCACACUGUACAAAGAUAAACUGGCCAGAGGUGAAAAGUGUAUUUUAUCUGAGAAAUGCUGGUUCACUCCGGGUGAUUUUGAGAAGUUUGCAGGAAAGGAGAGCAGCAAGAACUGGAAACUCAGCAUCCGCUGUCAAAACACCCCCCUGCUAAAACUUAUAGAGAUAGGGCAUUUGAAGGCUCCACGUGCAAAGAGGAGCUGUGUCCGGGAGAAAGUGCAGUUUACUGACACCUCUCCAGAAAGCUCCAGCUCGUCAGGAAGCUCCAGUCCUCAGUCAACAUCCAGUGUGGAGCUGGUGGAAUUAAGUGACGAUGACCAGGAUGAGCAGAGAAAGAAGGAAAUCAGGGUACAAGAAGAAGAAGAAGAAGAGGAAGAUGAAGAGAGUGAACCAGUGGUUUUGUCCACAUUUGAGGCUCCUUCUUUACCAGUCAGUUGUGGUUCUUUUAGUGGGGUCUUGUAUAAAAGCAGAUUUACAGGGGCACGUAGUAAAAGCAUCCGCACAGAGGAGCGCUGGUUCAACCCUGAGGAGUUUGUAAACCAGGAAUCCACUUUGACGGAUGUCCACUGGAGGAAAGAUAUACUGUGUCAUGGCAAAACUUUACACUUCCUGGUGAAGAAGAAGAUCCUGUUUUUUCAUUCACUGCUGUGUCCUUGUGAUCACUGCCAUAACAAGGAGCCUGUAAGUCUUAAUAAUGAUGACAUCUGCUUCAUUUGUAAUUCUGAAGGAGAUCUGGUGUGCUGUGACGAGUGUCCUCGUGCUUUUCAUGAUAACUGCCAUUUACCAAACCUGCAAAACGCACCUAGUUUCAUGAUAAAAGAUGUUUAUUACACUGUGUGUGUGUGUGUGUGUGUGUGUAGGGAUAAAUGGACGUGCACCUACUGUGUGUUGAAGGCCUACCAGGGACUGUGGCUUCCCAUGACCCAAAAAGAAGUUCUAAACAGGCCUUUAUCUGGAAACAUCAUGCGCUGUGAGUAUUUGCUGUUGUGUUUGUAUAAAGAGGAUCAGCUGCGAGUGUUUACUGGAGACCCCACUGCAACAGUGGAGGGGUACAGCAGAGUGAUCUCGAAACCCAUGUGGCUGGACCGAGUGAAGACCAAGCUGCAGAACAAAGAAUAUAAAACAGUUGGAGAGUUUGUGAAUGACGUCAAACUCAUCUUUCAAAACUGCAGCAAAUUUAAUAUGCAUAAUGAGGAGUUUGGCAGGAUGGGAUCCAGAAUGAGUGAGAUCUUUGAGCAGUAUUUUCAAAAAGUUUUUAACAUCAUUUUGACCUCCCUUCUUUAGUAACCCACAGUUCAAAAUCAAAAGCCAAAGAAUGUUGUUUCAUCAAUUUUACUCAGUGAAGAAAGAGAUCAUGUACACAUUCACACACUUCACUGAAAUGAUUUGGUUAAAAUCAUUCAGUAUUAAACUGCAUACUAACAGAACUAAUCAUUGACACAUUUUACCUUUAUUAAUGAUAAUUUAAGCUAAUCAGAAUGGUAAAAUCUUACAUUUUAUACCAAGCAUGUUUUAAUAAUCACUUAUACAAAUGCUGAAAUAUACAUAAUAUUCACAGUUACAUUGGAGCUUGGAGGUUGGAGCAUUUAAAACAGUGGUCCAUUCCAUUGGAAAGGGGGCAAUGCAAGUAUGAUCUUUGAUGUUUUAAAUUUACUGUUUUAAUCCAAAAUGAUUUAGGUAUGAUUUGACUUACAUAAUGCUGAGGAGGAAUUUUAGACCAUUCAGGAAUACCCAUCUUCAUGUGAUGACAGAGCAUUUCAGAUAAGGUUAAGAUCUAGAGUUGGUAUUGGGAAUUCCAAAACAUGUUUCUCCUUUUCAAAUCCAUACUGGUUUGUUAAGCAUUAUUGUCUUGUUGCCUCAUCCAACUUUUAUUAAGCUUCAAGUGAUGGAUGGUCUCACUGACAAUUGUUGCACUUUUAAAUGAAUUCCUCAGUCAGUUAUGCACAUUGUUUAGACAGCAAACCAUCCCCAAUGAAGUGAAGGUUUACUUUUCAGGACUGAGAUUUCUGUUUCUAUUUUAUUUUUAUCUUUUUUAUUAUUAUUCAAUGUCAGUUGUUAAAUUUGCAGGUCUUUUGGAUUAUUGUGUAAAUUGUUUUGUUUCCUUGUCAAAACUUCUUUAAAAUUAUAAGAAAAAUCAUUUCAACAUAUGAUAACUGUUAAAAGCUCAGGCCAUUAUUUUCCAAGCUGGAGUGUGAGCGGUUAAUCAAUAUGUUUCUUAUUUGUUCAGUUUUUUCCAUUUCAUUUUCAUGUUUUACCACUGUAUUAUCCUGGUCAGAUUUGUGGUGGGUCUGGAUUCUGCAGAACCACUGGGUACAAUGCAGUACAUGCACUGGAUAAGAUGCCAGUCCAUCAGUGGGCUCUUAGUUCAAAUUAUUAUUUAUUAAUUAAAGCACAAAGUGUUUGUUUGUGAUUAUAGUAUAUAUUAUUAUUGGUUUCACUUACGAAUUACCAAAGCUUUUUAAGAAAAACUGUAUUUGCAAAAUAAAAUUGAAUUAACAUGGACCUGUUCAACAACAAGGCCAACAGAUGCCCCCUAGUGGCCCCAUUCGCAUGUAACCAGCUGUUAAGCAGUUGAAUUGUAAAAUGAGUGUUUUAUAAAUUAUUGUUAUCAAAUACGAGGUAUUACUUAACAUUUCUGUUCCUAUAUGUAUAUUUGUAACAGAAAGUUUUAGGUUUUAGGUGUAAACAUUGUUUGGCUGCUUUUAAUAAAAAAAUGUAUUAUCA